GUAUCAGUAUCUAGAACAGGUUCGCAAUGGCGCAUUAUUUAAAUUUGGACUUAGUUCGCCUUUUAUUUUAAGCGAUAUUUUGCUAACCUUUUGCUUAAUGGUGGUUAGAAAUUAAUGUAAAUAGCUACAAAAUCACUUUCUUAUGAAAAUUGCUUCAUGUUUUUACAAACUUUCAUUAGUAAAGUAGAUGGUUAACUGCUAUUUAGUUAAAAGAGUACCAAAAGUUAGAAGUAAAUUGAAACCAUGUAUACAUUAAAUAUGUUUCUAAAAAAUAUAAGGAAUUAUUCAUGUUUAAUUCCAAAUAAAGUUUGUAAAAGAUUGUUCAGUCUGACGUUUAUUAAACAAGUUAAUACAUGUGUGACGAAUUGGGAGUUGUCAAAAAAAUAUUUGUUGUUAAAUUUUUCUGAUCACGAAGAACACAAAUAUCACUAUUUAUGGCUUCGAGAUCACUGUAGAUGUUCAAAAUGUUAUAGCAAUACAACUCAUGCUAGAAUUCAGCAAACACAUAAAAUACCUGCUAAUAUUUAUCCUCUUCAUGUUUCUCUUAAUAAUGGAUGUCUAAGAAUAGAGUGGAGUGACAAUCAUAUAUCAAUAUACAGUGAAAGUUGGUUGUUUCAAAACCAUUAUAAUAAAUCACUAGAACCUUUUCUUAUCAGCAUCAUCAGUGAUAUAAAAUGCCACUAUUGGGGUAAAGAAAUACAAACAAAUGUUCCUGAGUCAAUUCAUUUUGAAAAUGUAUGUAAAGAAAAAGAAGAUCUACUAAAACUUCUGGAAAAUGUUGCAAUAUAUGGCUUUGCAAUUGUAAAAAACACCCCAACAACACUUGAGUCUGUUCGAACUAUUAGUAAUCUUAUUGGGUAUCCACGUAAGACUUUUUAUGGUGAUGUAUGGUUAACAACAAACAGAUCAGAAGAAGAUAUGGAUCAUGCUGACUUAGCAUAUUCAAAUGUUGCUCUUCCAUGUCAUACUGAUGGAACAUAUUUUUUAGAUUCACCUGGCCUACAGAUGUUUCAUUGCCAUGAACAUACAGGAACUGGUGGCGAGACAGUACUUGUAGAUGGUAUAGGUGCUGCUGAAAAGUUGAAGCUUACUAAUCCCGAUGCUGUGGAGUAUUUAGCCAAGACAUGGAUUCCUGCCACAUAUUAUGAGAAAGAUCGUUGUUCAAAAGCUUUAGGGCCUAUUAUAAAGAUAAACCCGUACUCAAAAGAAAUUUAUCAAGUCAGAAUAAAUGAUGGAGAUCGUGAUGUUUUGAAUUGCUUAUCAUUUGAUGAAAUUGAGAAAUUUUAUAAUCAUUACAUUGCUUUUUUGGAUAUCAUAUAUAGCAAGGAACAAGAGUUUCGACUUAAACUAACUCCCGGAAAUUUAUUAAUUGUCAACAACUGGAGAGUUCUUCAUGGACGCACCUCAUUUACUGGAAAACGUAGUUUAAGUGGUUGCUAUAUCAACAUGGAUGACUACUUAAGUACAAUUCGUGUCUUACGCGAACAUUUACGCGGAAUACCUUCUAAGUAAAAGAAAUAAAAAGUUUAGAUAUUGUUACUAAUUGAAAAUAUAUUUUAAUUUUUCUCCUUUUGAAUAGUUGAACAAUUUACUAAAUUAUAAACAUUUAAUGAUCUGAUACAAAAUUUUUAUUACGAUGUUUUUUUUUAUUAAGUUUUUAAAUAAUUUUAACAAUAAAAUAUUUUAUUGCUUCAAAUAAAAGUUUUAUUAGAAUUUUUUGUUUUAUUGGUUUUUGGUGAUCAUUUUAAUAAGUUUUUGCUGUAAUAUAAUAUAUAAAAGUAAAAUAUAAUAAAAAAAAUAAUUCGGUGAAUUCGAUGGAAAAUUAGUAACUCGGAUGAGGAUAUAUCAUCAGCAUAUUUUGGUGAUGAAUGAAAAUGACUUAGUGUUGAAAUGUCUGCAGUUUUGACAAGUUAAAAAUGUUUAGUUAAAAAAUUAAAUUCGUUUGUUUGUAAAAUUCAUACAUGCCAAAUAA